UUUCCAUUAAAGCUCGCUCUCAUGGACUCCAACAAACAGACCUACUUUGGUGUCCAACACAGUUCAAAAACUCCCUAAAUACAUCUUUGAGUUGGUCACACUUUGAAAGCUGUUAUUAUUAGAGCAAAAAAACCUUUUGAACAAAAAGUGGUGAGAGCAGAGAAAAGUGUUUUUGCACUUUUUGCGUCUGAUUCUGUUCCCCUGAAGUCAGAACAGCUGGAGAUUCCUGCAACUGAUUGUGAAAAGACGGGAGAGUCUGAAUCUAAAAGUGUUUUGUAAAGUUUCUCACGGCGUCCAUUCCUCUCACAGAAUCACGUUUCCUUCUUUCCUCGGUUGUCUUUGGUCACUGACCUCCCCGUCCUCCUCCUUUCAGAUCAUCACGGCUCUGGAGGAGGACUGCACGGCUCAGAAGAUGCAGCCGGGUUACAGGCUGCAGCAGAUCGCCACUGCUGUGGAAAACAAGGUGACCGACCUAUGACCCUCAGAGCUCCGCCUGUCCUCCAACAGAUGCAGUAAGUUUCUCUUUCUGAUCCUUCAGAAGUUGGGACUAUAAACACUGAAAAGGUGAGAUUCAAGCUCCUAAAGGUUUUGUGGGUGGUUCUUAAAAGAGCCGUUGUGGGUCAGUCCUCGGAGAAGCAAAAACACGAUUCUGCCUUGGAUCUGUUCCCCCAGCAGGAAAGUGGAUCAAGAAGGAGUCUCUGAGCCUCUCUGGAAGACUUGUUGGCAGCAGUGCAUGUCAGGCCGUGCUUCCGUUAGCACAGCUUCAAUCACUGCCGGUUCCUGUGCUGCUGAGUGAAUGAAGCUGUGAGGAACAGAUGUUACCUUUACACUCUGCUCCACAACUCCUGGGUGGACUUAAAGCAGGCCUUGAUACAGAGGCCACUGCUCAGACAGCAUCCAAAAAGCACUCUUCACAACCAGUGGGGCUGGGGAAAGGUUGUAGUUAAAGAUGCACCUCUGUGGGGGAAGGGGCCCCCCAGGAAAUGUUUGCAUCAAAUCGUGUUUCUGCCACCAAGACACAGGAAAGGCGUCCUCUGUGCUCCUCAGGGACUGGAGUCUGGUUGAAGAUAGAACAUUGAAUAAUCCUCUGUGAAGCCUUUGACCAAAUAUGGAGUUUACCCGCCAUCAUCAAAGACGAUGAUCUGUCAAACAAGUCACAUGAUUGUGACUUGAUCCCCAUCAUGUGAUCCCCAUGAUCACAUGAUCCCCGUGUGAUGUCAUAUCCUUGUGUGACAUCACACAAGGAUAUGGCAUCACACUGUGUCUGGAAGCUUCUAGAAGCUUCUAGAAGCUUCCGGAAGCUUCCAGACACUGUGAUAUGUCAUAGCAUCAUGAUGCCUGUGUGAUGUCAUAUCCUUGUGUGACAUCAUCGCCUUUGAUCUGAAGGUUAUAAAUAGGACCCAGAAAUCAUUCUUUCUCAUUGUUCGUUUGGUCCUGACCAGAGAGCAGAACGUUCCCCAGCUACUAGAAGCCUUGCAUUCCAGUCAAGUACCUUCGACUUAUACUGAGGAACACGCAGUUUUUUUUGACGCUACAAAAACUGCAUCUACACUGUUUACUUUUAACAAGAACAUUUUAAAGAUUUUCAUCACAUUACAGAAAAUCCUUAUUUAAAAUGUUCUCGUCCUCUUGGAGUGGUUCUGUGGUUGAGGAGUGCUCCCUCAGACAGAAUCCCACAACACAUUUGGAUUCAAUGGAGGGACAUCCACAAUCCCAACUACAUACCAUUGACCAAUCCUUUUGGAGUUUACUAAACUCAGUAACUCCUGCUGCACCUGAGGACAUCCUUGACAUUGUUGGAGUUUCAUCCCAAACUUCCAAAGCUUUUCAGGAGAUGGUUGCAGAACCCGCUGGAAAGUCACGGAAAAGAGGGAGAGAGGAUUCCUCAAAUGUACAAGAUCAGCCACACAGCAAACGGGUUCGACUUGGAGCUACAAAAAAUCCUCAGCCCGUUGUAAAUUCCCAAAUACCUCGCCCAUCCUCUGAGCCUGACACUUUGGGAACAUGGCUGUGUCUACAAAGUAUUAGAGGAGGCCUGAACUAUCGGAGGAGAUACAACCCCGACCGCUCUGUGCCACCGGUUUCUACAGACACAAACAAUGCUAAAGUCAUUAAGAAGCAGAAACAAAGGACUAAAGACUCUGAGAUGGCACCAGAAAUCACAAAAGAAUCCCCAGCAUUAGGGCAGGUUCAUCCACAGCCCCUAACUGACCCCAUCCAGGAAUCUUUUACACAGACUGUCUCUGAAGACAUGAAUGUGAAAGAUUUACUGGACUCUGUAACUCCUGCUGCAUUUGAGGACAUCACGGAUAUUCUGGGAAUAACCACCCAGAACUCUGUGAACCCAAAUGCAG